AUGAGACAGGGAAGAAGGGGGAAAAACCUCAAAAGGUUGACAAACAGAGGGAAGGGGGGUGAAUGGGUGUGACAUCACGCAGGAUUGUCAACAGAACAGGUGACAUUCCUGCAACCUGUGUCAGAGGGAAAAAAGUAGGCCUAGUUGUUUCAAGAGGAAGUAAAGAAGUCUAUUGUGCAUGGUGGUGGCGAAUGAGCAUACACUGCUUGCUCCUAUGUCCAGAAAACAUGGCUUGUUUUGCGAUUAAAUCACAGCCACUGUGAGAACAAGUCACAGCUGGAGUUAGGAGUAGCCAACAAACCAGAGGCCUAAGGAUCACCAUGCCUCAAAAGAUGGGCCAUAAGAGACAUGGUAGCAUCGACCUUCUGGAGGUGAUCGGAGUAGUCAACGAGAAGGGCAGCACAAUUCAUCUUCCACCCUCAGUGCACACCCCUCUGACCUAUGACUAUGUGUUGGUGGCGGACCACGUGGAGGACCUCAGCAGCGAGGUGUCCAGGAAGCAGGUGGCCUUCAUCAACGCCCUGAAGGACAAAAAGUUGAAGAUAGCGAAACUCUUUGACAAUGACAAAGUGUUUUAUGGCAUUAAAGCGCCUAAGGAGAUCUUCGAGAAGUACAGAUACCUGUUGAAGGUUUCCGAUGCCUGUAACUGGAGCUAUGAACAGCAGGGCAUUGUCCCCCUCUCCACAAGGAUAAGGAUAGUGAACUUUAUUUUGCAUCAUACCUGUCUAUAUGAUACAAAAGGUGACACAGGAGAAUACCUGCAAGACCUGAUUAAGAAGAAUGUAUUCGAGGCCGAGUUUUGUUUACAUGAGAAAAAGGAGCAGAAGGAGCUGAGGAUGAGCUGGGCUCGCUGGUCUGCCUGUUUCCAGGGGCAACCGAUUAGUAAUGUGAGGAACUAUUUUGGUGAGAAGGUAGCGCUAUAUUACUUGUGGCUGGGCUGGUACACCUUUCUCCUCAUCCCGGCAGCUCUCCUCGGCAUCAUAGUUUUCCUCUACGGCCUGGCCUUCUACCAGAGCAGCCCACUCAUAAAAGAGGUGUGUGAAUCUGAUACAGUCAUGUGCCCCCUGUGUGACAAGAAGUGCAAAGUGUGGAGUCUUAAUGAGACCUGCUCUUAUGCAAAGAUGAACCUUCUUUUUGACAAUGAAGGCACUGUGGCAUUUGCCAUGUUUAUGGCUGUAUGGGCUACAGUUUUCCUGGAGUUCUGGAAGAGACACAGAGCCUCUUAUGUCUGCGAGUGGAAGGUAUUCGAUUGGUCAGAGGAAGAGGAGGAGCUUAUUCUGGAGAUUGUUAACGACGCUGAGUGUGAACCCAAGCAACAUAGGCACUCCUACCUGAGGAGCAUACUGGUUAUGGUCUUAGUCACCCUUAUGUUGGUGUUGAUCAUCGGUUUGGCCCAUGCGCUGGUGGUGUUCCGGGUGAUAGCGGCGGUGCACCUGACGGAGAGCAGCUGGGAGUACCUGAGUGACCACGCCAACAUCGCGGCCCUCAUGAUGGGAGCCGUGCUACACUACAUUACCAUCACCAUCAUGAAUCGGGUCAACCGACUUGUGGCCACCAAGCUGUGUGACAUUGAGCGUGUGCGUUCCCAUGCUGGUAAGCAGCGCAGCUUCACAGUCAAGAUGUUCACCUUCCAGUUCUUCACCCUCUUCUCCUCCCUCAUCUACACAGCUUUCUUCCUGGGCAGGAUAAAUGGACGGCCCGGAAAAUAUGUGAGGAUAGAGCAGAAGUGGAGGCUGGAGGAGUGUCAUCCUAGUGGUUGCCUGACUGACCUCUUCAUUCAGAUGGCUAUCAUCAUGAUCCUGAAGCAGAGCAUCAACAAUGUGUUUGAGUUCACAGGCCCCUGGUUCCACCGCUGGCUGAAGCGCAACAAGUUGCCUCGUCAGAAGAGGAAGUGUGCCAACUGCUACGUGAAGGAGAACCAGGAGCCCCAGGCCGGAGUGGAGCUGUGCGACAACUGCAAACUGCAGGACCUGCAGCGCAACUACCGCCUCAACAAAGUGGACUGCUUCAGCCUCUUCAAUGAGUUCCUGGAGAUGGUCAUCCAGUUCAGCUUCACCACCAUCUUCGUGGCAGCCUUCCCCCUGGCCCCUCUGCUGGCUCUCCUCAACAACAUCAUUGAGAUCCGCCUGGACGCCAUCAAGAUGGUGAGCCUGGAGCGCCGCCUAGUGCCACAGAAGACCAACAACAUCGGAGUGUGGACUGAUGUGCUGGAGGCCGUGGGUGUGCUAGCGGUCAUAGCUAACGGACUGGUGAUCGGCAUUUCAUCGGACUUCAUCCCUCGCCUGGUGUAUAAGUACUACUAUGGGCCAUGCUACAACUCCACCUCCACCAACUGUAUGGAAGGCUACAUCAACAACACACUGUCCAUAGUGCAGGUGAAUGAUCCGCGGGUCAUGCACGAUUUCGAUCCUGAUCAGCUAAGGACACAUGAUGGCCAAAACGUCACUCACUGCAGCUACAAGGACUACCGCAGCAGUGAAGACUACAGCUUAACCCCUCAGUUCUGGCUCAUCUUGGCUGUCCGGCUGGCCUUUGUUAUAUUGUUUGAGCAUGUGGUGGUGAUUUUCAAGUUCAUCGCUGGCUGGUUUGUUCCUAGUUCAUCACUGCAAGUUAAAAACACCAGACUACAGGAUAAACUGCAAAGGUUGAAGGAAGAGCUACGUGGAGGAGACGUAUUUUACUGACGAGAGACCCAAACUGUCCAGGAGAAAGAUUUACAAGAUUCAGCUCAGUCCAUACAAUCCAUCCAACGCUUGGGACCAAUGUGCCAGUUGUGUAAAUGUACAAGCAAACAAUCAAUCACAACUGUUUAAUUGUUACAAAGUUUAGAGCAGAGAAAUGACCUCUGUGAAAAGCCAAGAACGAGGCAGACUUACAGUAUCAGAAGGCAAUCUGCUCUAUAGAUCUCCACAGUGUAAAAAGGGUUGUCAAUGUUGUAGAGUAAACUUAUAUAAAGUAUUUACAACACUGAGUGAAAAGUCAGGGUAACAUUCUGCAGGUAGCCAGUCCAAUUUCACUCCACAGCUCUUAAUGUUUACACAAUGUUAACUAUGAAAAUGUUACACUGACCAAAGAGUAAAAAUAACACUAUUUUGAGUGGGACCAAAUGUUAAAUGGAGAUAAUUUCAGUUCAAAGUUAUAUUAACACUGGUGUUUUUACUGUGUGUAAGUGCUGAUGAAGCCCCAGUAGACAUAUAGGGGCUUAUGAUCAAAAAGUGGACUGAGAACCGCCUUAUACAAGCUCACCUCGGACUGUAAUUCCAGUGAAUGUCUGAAACGAAUUGCAAUUUUGCCUUUGUGAUCCUGGUUGGCAAAACCACCUGAAUGCUCAAGGAUACUAGGGUUGAACUAUUAUGUAAAUGUAUUGUAACAUCUAAAAGAGUAAUUAAUUAUUUUAAUAGGCAUAUUGUGUAAAUAGCUUAUUGUUCCGUUUGAAAUUCCUCUUAGUGCCAUAUUAUUCUGCUUACUGCGUACUAUACAUGGUGCUUCUGGGAAAUGAAGGACUUGUUACAUUUUUUUAUACAAAUUAAAUUUUUAAGAAUUAACGCUCUCUGCU